GGACGGAGCGCUGGACCAUACCUGUCUCUGAGCCCCAGCGAAAUCCACCCUCGCCCUCGUACUUCAGACAGCGUUCGGCACUGAGCUCCGGCCAUCUCUCCCUGUGUCCCUUAAGCGCGGAGACGCGGGGGUCCAGGUUGAAGCCGGGACCUUCUCUGAUUUCGGAUAGUUGUGAAACAAAUCGGGCUGUAGCGCGUCGGAAGCAGAAGCAUUGUUCAAGCAAUUGGAAUCAGCGAGAGAAAAAAUGAAUUACCUUCCCAUCCAGUUGAUAGUUUUGUUCUUGGGUGUGUGCUCGGCUCAGAGGCGAGUUGAGGUACAGGAAGGCCCCCUGAUCAGAGUGGAGGGUUACCAUAUAACCAUCUGGUGCAAUGUGUCUGGGUACUCGGGAUCUACGCAGCAGAACUUUGAGUGGUCAAUCUAUCUGCCUUCAGCACCAGAGCGACAAAUCCAGAUGGUCAGCACCAAUGAUCCAAACUACUCCUAUGCAAUAUACGCAAACAGAGUGCAGAAUAAGGAGGUCUACGUUGAGAGAAUUGACCGAGACUCAGCCCUAUUGCACAUUACCAAGCUGCAACUCGGAGAUGCCGGGGAAUAUGAAUGUCACACCCCGAACACAGAAUCUACGUAUUGGGGGUCCUACAAUGCCAAGGGGAAUCUGACAGUUAUUCCAGAUACGCUCACUGCCAUAUCUGUGCCCAAGACUCUGAAUAAGGUAGAAGGAGACUCGCUGGAACUGGUCUGUGAAGUGUCUGAACAAACACCGUACCACACGCAUAUGGCCAUCACAUGGUACCUGCAAAAGGGAGAUCAGAGUCUCAAGGUCAUAUCUCUAACACGAGAUUUCAUUCUACGCGCUGGAGAGUCGUACAAGCAAAGACACGCGUCAGGUGAUGUACGGCUGGACAAGUUGGGAGCCACUUCCUUCAAACUCACCAUCUACAAACUGCAAGCAUCUGAUCAAGGGGAUUUCUACUGUGAGGCAAGGGAGUGGAUCCAAGAUCCAGAUAAGUCCUGGUAUACCAUAGCCUCCAAACGUACUGACAGAACAACUGUGAAUGUAAAAGCUACGGAUAAGAGCUUCAGUGUUCAUUUGGAGAACGAUAGGAAAGUCUUCACAGCUGGAGACAGCAUGGAAUUAAGAUGUGUCAUUCAAGCCCAAAAUAUACAGGACCGAUAUUUCUCUGUACUGUGGAUUUAUAAUGGUACACAAAUUGCCAACAUUGGCCGCAAUGCUGUACCAACAAUCCAUGCUGACUACACAUUCAAAGAGCGUAUGGGAUAUAUAAAGUUUGCAAAGGAAACCGAUACAACAUAUCUGCUGAAAAUCUACCAUAUUCAGCAGGAAGAUAGCGGCAAAUACCUUUGCCGGGCCACUGAGCAAGAGAAAACAGUGACAGGAGACUUCAUUGCCAGAGACACAAACAGAUCAAGUAAAAGUUUGAUCAUUGUUCAGCCCGUCAAAAGUAGUUUGAAUGUUGCCGUUACCAGUAACACCACCAAGGUUUUGGAGGGUGAGAUGCUUCAGUUUUCCUGCAACGUCCAUUCACUAAUCAGAAACCACAGUCGUCUCUCUGUCACCUGGCAGUUAAUAAGUAAACGGGGACAGGCCAGGGACAUCAUCAGCCUGGACCACGAUGGGACCCAAGUUACGAAUACAUUCUAUCAGAAGCGUAGCGCUAGCGGAGGCCUCAGGUUGGUCAAACAGCGGCCAGGUUCCUUUACGCUCCAACUCCACAAUGCAGCAGUAUCAGAUGAUGGAGCAUACGUUUGUACAGUGGCUGAGUGGACCACAAAUAUGGUUGGAGACUGGCAGCGAAUUGGAAAACAAUCUUCUCGCACUGUAGCAGUGGUUACUCCCCUUGAAACUGGUUUCAGUGUUACUGCAAUAACGCGAACACCUUUAGUGAUCUACAACAACACGUUUGAACUCCAGUGUUUCAUCAAGCCUAACUAUCCACCUCAAGUGUUGGUAUCUGUAAAGUGGAAAUUCCAGCCUAAUGAAUCUUCCAACAGCUAUGACAUCAUCACGUUUGGCCGUGACACUUCUAUCACGUGGGGAGAGAAGGCAACACAUUUUAAAAGCAAAACAACGAUAAUAAAGACAUCAUCCAACAACAUCCGCCUGGCUGUCUCUAAAGCCAGUAACUUGGAAGCAGGAAAAUACGAAUGCAUUGCAGAACUAUGGCAUCAAAAUCAAAUGGACCAAUGGAUGAUGAAAAUCAGUAAAUCUUCAAAUAUUCUGGAGGUGAAGGUUAAACCUCCAGAUGGGAAACUAAAAGUUAACCAACUAAACCGAAAUCUUGUGGUAAUCGAAAAUGACAACGUCCACUUGAGCUGUGUCAUCACUAAUCAAACAAGUCCAGACUCUCAAUUCUCUGUGCAAUGGUAUGUCAAGAAAUCACAGGAGAAAGAGAGCAAACUUAUUAUGAAAUCAAAUCGCGAUUGUGUGUUUGAAUAUGGGAAUGAGCUGGGAAGUCACAAGAGGAAAGAGAGAAUGCAGGCUGCAAAACCUUCACGUAGCCAUUAUACUUUGGUGUUAUUCAAGACUGAUACAGCUGAUAGUGGCAAAUACUAUUGCCAUGUGGAGGAAUGGCUACUGAACCCAAAUAACAUCUGGUAUAAAGUUGGAGAGAACACAUCAGGAAUGACUUCUGUCACAGUCAGGCGACCAGAAAACAAUUUGCAAACAGUCAAGACAGAAAGGAGUGUAUCUGUACCAGAGGAUGGCCAGAUUCAACUGAAUUGUAAAAUUAGCAACCGUACCAAAUUGGAUUCCCAGCUCUCAGUGGCCUGGUUUACCCAGAAAACCCCAGAGACAGAUAGCUAUCCUAUUUUCAGACUGAGUCGGAAUGCUGUUUUUGAAUAUGGUAGUUCAAUGGAUAACAGUACAAGAUUGAAGGAUAGGCUACAGUUUGAAAAAUCUACCAAUGAUUUGUACAGUUUGAUACUUCAGAAAGCAACUAUUUCCGACACUGGAAACUACUACUGUAACGUGGAAGAGUGGCUGCUGGAUCCUAACAAGAUGUGGUAUAAACUGGCAGAAGAUCAAUCUGGAUUGACAACUGUCAUUGUACAACAGCCAGAAUUUAAAAUGCAAUUGGAUAAAACGGAAUUGAAUAUCAGUGUAUCAGAAAAGGACCUGUUCCAGCUCAGCUGCAAUAUAACCCAACAAACACAGGAGAAUUCCCAGUUUGCUGUAUCCUGGUUUGCUUGGAAAGUCAAAAAGGAUACUGAUGGAAUUAUUAAGGAAACUAUUUUAAAAGUUGAUCAUAAUACAGUGUUUGGAUUUGAUUCCUUAAUCGAUGGGGCGAAAGGAAUAAAGGACCGAUUGCAGUUCGAGAGGCCUUCCAAUGGAUUGUACACCUUAACAAUACAGAAUGCUGGCAAAGGUGACACCGGAAAUUACUAUUGCAGCGUAGAGGAGUGGAUUCAAAAUGCCAACCACAUCUGGUACAAACUAGGAGAGGAAGAGUCCGGGCUGGUCACUGUCACUGUACAAAGCAAAGGUUCUUCUCUUCAGCAAGCAAUUUGUUCAAAUGAUGCCCUGUUUUACUUCAUAUUUUUCUAUCCCUUUCCAAUUUUUGGGGUCCUUCUUAUUGCUAUUUUACUAACACGCUACAAGACUCUAAACUCACAGAAAAAGUCUGAUGCCAAAAAUGGUGUUCCAUUACUCUGGAUUAAAGAGCCAGCGGUGACUUAUUCCCCAACAAGUCUUGAACCACCGGAUUUCAGAAUAGGACCAGGAAGCAUCGCUUAACAGAAGGAAAAUUAAAGGAUUUUGGAUAGAAUGAUUUGACAUUCAACUGAAAGAAUCGAGUUUGUACUAGCGGUGAAUAUUCGCCACAGAAGAAAAUCUAAAUUUGAAAGCAAACUCCUCCAUCCAUGUAUAGUGAGUGUUCUUUCUAAAGGUCACUUGAUUGGGAAGAGGGGGAGAAAAAGGCACAUAUAUUGUAAAAUGUUUGGCUCAAUUGGCCUCCAUCCCAAUAAGCCGGAAAGGAAUACUUGGUGUAGCUGGAAUGUUUAAUUUCACACUAAUGUCUUUAUCUGUGCCUAGAAAUGUAUUCCUGGUUGGUAGCAUUGAGUGCACUGUAUAUCAGCAAUAUUGUGUUGUAUGUGUUUUGCCUCUGAAAUUCCCUGAUGCAGAACACAGCAGUGUCCUAUUGCUGUUGUUUGGUGUGGUUACCAUGAAUGACUUAAUGAAUUUUCUAGAUCUUUGCCAACUAUUCUCACUGCAUGAGCAUUUUCACAUUAGUCUGCUAUGUGUAAUAGAUCUGAUGUUGUAAAAUCCAGACAAUCUACUAAAUGUUAAGAAUACAGAACUACAUGAUGGAGGGAAAAUAUUGAACUAUAAUCUAAAUUUGAGGACGUUUUCCCCAAAGCUUCAUGACUCUUAAUUUCCCCACCGGUUUGGUUAGCAAAUCUAAGAGUCAACAUUAUAUCCAAAGCAAGUCACUAAUGGAGGGAUCGUUGUACAGCCCGACGUUUUGCUCAAUCAGCACAGCUUAGGAUAUUGAGCAAAAGAAGCAAUGGAAAAGGAGUAUGAAGAUCAUGAAAUCCAAGGAGAAUCUGUAGAACCUCAGGCUCAUAGAUAUUGAGUCAGGCAAACUUCCAUGUUUGACGAAUGUCAAAUGACUAUGAUGUGCAAUAGAAAAAUCAUGGAGGACACCUUGUGCAGGUGGUAAUGAUCAUCAGUGUCAUAAGUGCAGUGUGACUUACAUGCAGACAAUGUAACCCAAGUGCAGGAUGUGGGACAAUGAAAUUCCAUUCCUCUAGUGAAUACAGAUGAAGAUGAAGCAGAUUAUUAGUAGGUACAGCUAAUCGUUCUCGUUUAUGAAUUUUUUGAUACAGAAGUCAUAUGGAGCUGCAACUUUGUAGAAUGGAAAAUAGUCAUGCAGCUGAAUAACAUUUUUUUAUACUUAAUUUUCUUUGCACUUUUUAAAAUAACUUUUUAUUCCAUGUAUGAACCAGAAUCAUUAUA